UUGAGCCCUGCCGGCUGCCGUCGCCGCGCUCCCUGCCCCCGCCCCGGCCCGCCCCAGCGGCGCGGCGAGCGGCAGGGACCGGCGAGGCGAGGCGGUGGUGUGCUGCGCUGCGCUGCCGGGGAAGCGGCGAUGGCCGAUUACUGGAAAUCUCAGCCAAAAAAAUUCUGCGAUUACUGCAAGUGCUGGAUAGCAGACAACAGACCUAGCAUUGAUUUUCAUGAAAGAGGGAAGAAUCAUAAAGAAAAUGUGGCAAAGAGAAUUAGUGAGAUUAAAAAGAAAAGCUUGGAAAAAGCAAAAGAAGAAGAAAACAUGUCAAAAGAAUUUGCAGCAAUGGAGGAGGCUGCAAUGAAAGCAUAUCAAGAGGACAUGAAAAGGCUUGGAAUUAAGCCAGAUGAGGUAGGUCCCAGUUCGACACAGAGUAAACCACAGAGUAACACAGUGGAAACUCCAGGAAAGAAAGAAAAGAAAGAGAAGAAGGAAAAAAAGGAAAAGAAAGAAAAGAAAAAAAAGACACCUCAGGACCCCUCAAUGCCACCAAAAACUGAAACGAAGGAGUGGGUGCAAGGAUUUUCUCCCGAAGGCUAUACGUAUUACUACAACACAAAAACAGGAGAAUCACAGUGGGAGAAACCUAAAGGAUUCCAAGGCAACUCUCAAAACUCACAAACGGGAGCAGAGUGGGUAGAAGGUGUCACUGAAGAUGGUCAUACCUAUUACUAUAACACACAAACAGGAGUAUCUACAUGGGAGAAACCGGCUGGUUUCGUUUCAUCUUCAAAUGAGAAAAGUCAACGUGACAAGCAUUCUGAAGAGCUUGCAGAAACAGAUUCCAAAGGGUCUGAUUCCGACUCAGAAGACAGUGAAAAUGAAGCACAGGGUUCAGAAAGAAAUUUCAAGAGGAAAGGAGAUAAUGGUGAAGAAUCAGAGGAAGGGAAAAAGUCUUCCAAAGCUAAAAAGUUAAGUCCUUAUGGGAAAUGGCGAGAAGUUAAACCAGAAGAAACAGCUGGUAAAGAGGAGAGUACAUUGGCUUCCCAAGAAUCCUCCAGUGAUGCACCUAACAAGACCAACCCUUACGGAAAAUGGAAAGCAAUUAAGCAAGAAGGAGAAGAAGAAGAAGAAGAACCAUGUGAAAAAGUGGACCUGGAGCUUCCCAGUACGGAGAGUGACAAUCUACCACCACCAGUGCUAGAUGUUCCAGAAGAUGCGACAGUGAUAUUUAAAGAGAAGACAGUCACCUCCCUUGGAGAUAUGACAGAAGGGGUGCCAACAUUUAAAAAGAGGAAAUUUGAAAAUGGAAAAUCUAGAAACUUAAGACAAAGACUAAGUGAUCAGUAAUACUUAACAAAUCAUUUUAGAUUCUGUUUAAGCUAGAGUGAAUCAAAAGUUUAAUAUUUUAAACAGGCUUUUAUAAAGAAAAUGUUGGAUAGAAAUUAAGGAUUUAUAGGUAUUAAAACAUGUGUGAGUUGUAAUAUUUUUUUAUUUCAUUUUGAUGUGAUUGAUUUUGGAAUGGAAGUUUGUGUUUUAUUACUUAUGCAAUAUUGUAAAUACGUUUACUUUUUAUUUUAACCAUGCCAUCUAAGUUCAAUUUGCUCUAUGUAUGCUGUUUUAAAAUCAUUGUGUAAGGUUUUUUACUCCUUUUCUGAGUAUGGGAGAAAGUAGAAAUCCUUAAUCUGGCAAAAAUGAUGCAGACCUUUUAUUUUUACAGAGGAAAUGGAUCGAUGGAAGGUACUAGAGAGUAAAAUCAUCCCCCAAGAUUGUUUAUGUGGAGUAGUUUCCCAAUUAAUUGAGUAAAAAUGUUGUGCUUACUAACCUUUGGCUAAUCGCUCGCAAAAGAGUACGUUCUGAGAGUGCCAACAUUUUCAAGCGUAGACCAUUUGAAAGCUGUUUUUAGAGGAAUUAGUUGCAUCAGUGCCACUCAUUUCAGACAACUUUCUGAAAGAAAUUCUUUGUGUCCAUGCAUGAUAAAUGUCUUAAACCUCUGCAGAAGAUUUAAACCUGAUGAAUUUUAACUUUUAAUAACAGCACUGGAGCCAUCCUUGUUGGAGUAGGUAUUUCUGUGGUGUCUUCCUGUUGUGUUUUGCUCUAUUGUUGUCUCUGCUUGAAUUUUUCUUUCUUCUUUGUGUCAAGUUUUCUUUUUUUGGUCUUGUUUUCUUUUUGUCUCUUUCCCUGUAAAAAACCAAUUCCCUGGUAUUUCCAGGAAAAAAAAUAUUCCAAAGACCUGGCCCCGCUACAGCAUGCAGCACCCUUUUUGAGGCUGAUGGGUUUUGUCUGUUGAUAAGAGGAGUGCGCUGAAUAGUUGCGGUGUUCGCUAAGCUGGGAGGGGCUAAGUGUAUUGAAGCUUCGUUUUUCUCAGUACCAUAGGAGAGGAAGACAAGAGAUGGAUAAGUAGAGCUGAUGGCUGUACUCUCCAAGAUGGCUUGGACAUUUUCUUAAGGAUUGGACAUUUGAUUUCUUCACUCGGUGGGAUUGGUCUGCGUUUAGCAUCAUCAAGAUUCGUUGUCUGCAUAAGAACACAGCUACGCCCAUUGCUUCUCUUGGUAUCAAACAGGGGACCAUAAAGGUUCACAUCAUGAAUCCAUUAAAAAAUAUGUCUCUGUUUCUAAAGCUGACAGUGUUUCGUUCGGAGAGUCUCAGUCAAAAACAGAGGGUGCAACUUAGACAGUUGUCAGAGUCCAGCUACAGCAAAAUAGAGUUGGUAACUGCUGAGCUUGAACUUAAUUGAGAAAAUGACUGUUCAUCUGUCAGGUCGGCGUAGAAAGGAGUGCAAGACAGGGAAUCUGGCUUAUCCUGUGUUACAAAGGCAGCUGAAUCCUUUUUUCUCAUCUGCAACAUUUUCUCUGUGUACAGAAUUAAGUAUUGUAUUUAAUCCCGUGUGUUUCUUUGGCUUCAUCAGGGUUGUUGUAUUUCUUCCAAUGUUUGUUUUGAGAAAUGUGAAAGCUUCCUGUAAUAUCUUCCCCUGGAUUGUCAUUUAGGGAUGCAGGAUGCGUGCCGGAUGCUCUCAUAGUCAUAGAUGCAGGAACGUACAGCGUAUACCCCACGUGAGAAACCUCCCAUGCAAGGCUACAACAGAAAUGUCCUUUCUACUGAGGAGAGGUUGCCAGGUUUCUUAAAAAGCAGGUUUUUUAGGUUUUGCUCUUACUCGAACUUUAUUCCAGCAGCUAAGAGCUUGCUCUGCCUUGGAGCCUUCGUGUGUUUGCCACCAGUUUGCACUCAUUUCCUCCCAACUAAGACGAGUAUUGCCCUUCAGCUAAGUAGCUUUUCUUCCUCUUGAAUCCAUCACGUCUUUUCUGAAUCACAUAAAGCGUCCUUGUGUGACAGGACCUUCAGCGCUCCACCAGCGCUUCUCUUCAUCCAUUCCAGCCUGAGUUUGCCUAGGCUUUGUGUUCAAGGAAGAUUAAGGCCACACGUGAUGUCACUAAUGCUUCCUUAUCGUAUUGGAAAUAACUUUUGAUAUGUCCCUAAACCACAUUUGCCUUUCACAUGACUGCAUCGUGCUGUCUGCCGUGGGUGCCCUGUGAUUUACCAGUACAACUACCCCUUUCUGCUCCUUUGCCAUGGCCAACUGCUGAGUUAGCAGCUGAUCACGCUUUCCUUUCAAGCACAAUUGUAUUUUUUCUUACAAAUUUGUUUUGUACUGCUUCUGUUACUCCAAGCCUAAAGUAUGUAUCCAUUUCUGUAUGAUCUCUGUACAAUGAUUGUAUUGUUCGCUAGUACAGUUUUAGACAGUAGUAUAGGUGUUUCGCAGGCUCCGCUUUUAAUAUCCUCUGAGGAGCACAUCUUUCCGUAAAAAUGUUUCGUCACAUUGAAGUGGUCAUAGGCAGUGAUUUAAGAUACCCUAAAUUGCUCGAGCUGAUGUUUAAAACCAUCUGGAAACAGGAGCGUUCAAAACUUGUUUCCUUAAGGAGCUGCUGUUAGUUGUAACAUGAACCAAAGGUCUUUGUCAAGUACUGCGUUUAACAGACCAAAACAAGUAUUUACGUUAGGAAAAAAGAUUAAAUGUUUUCUUUGUUCACUGCUAGUAAAGUUGGUUUAAAUCCCCUGCGCUUGCUUUUGCUGAUGUGACCUCUAAAGCCUGCAUUUUACAAAGAAAUACAGCGCUUCACUCCCCACUACCUCUGAAGGGCAGUUUGAGGAGAGACCAGUUUAUACUUUGUCCUUAAGUGUAAAUUGUAACAAGGGCCAGUUGAAUCCAGUUUGAUCUAUCCAAAGCCACUGUUUAAUUUUGCACCAUGCUGUCAUUCGAUUUCCUUAUUGUCUAUCUAAACCAAAUAUUUUCUCUUCUGUACAAAAAUACUACUGUCUUGUGUUGAGAUUUAAGGCAGACGCUGCUUUUCCAGGACAUCUGUUCUGCACAGACCUCUCUCCCUUCUGCGCUAUCUCCCUGCAAAAAUCUUCUGCCUUUGGAAUUUGCCGUAGGAAUCCUCUAGGUAUUACCACAGUUAGGCUCCUCAUCUGCUCAUCCUUCCUUGGGCCGGAGGACAAGGACAAAGGAAUGUUCCUUUUACUGUUUCAGAAGAACAGUGUUUUCGGAAGAAGAGUGCUUUUGUUUUCUGACUAACCCAUUUUCUGUCACGCGGCGUGUUUGUCUCUGCUUGCCUGCUUUUAUUGCAAGCUCCUUGAGUGAGGGCUACAUCCUUGGCUUUAUAGGUGGCCGUAGACAUUAUUAGCAAUAUGAGAAGGGUAGUUGGAGAGAGAGGGGGAAUCAUUGCCAUUUCUCUUGGUGAUUUCUGAUUUCUUUUGUGUGAUUUUGAGCAAGUCAAUUCACUGCUCUGUAUUUUUCUUUCCUCGUCUCAUCUUUCACUUGUCUGACCUGUUUAGAAAGAGCUUCGUGGUACAGGUGUGCAUGUUUUUACAGUAGGGUCUGCCUGAAGUUGGUGAUGCUUUUAGAAGUAAACAUAUUGCACAUACUAAAAAAGAAAAUUAUUUUGUUGGGCAUUUGUUAUGCCAGGAGCUGUGCAGCGACUUGCUCAGCUUGACUCAGGUUACAGAAAAAUCCUUGUUCCUAUUUAGGCUCACACAAAUUUUAACCCUUCACCUGGGAAUUUGUAGAUUUAAAUCCAGACUUACCCAACAGGGUGAAGUUUGGUUUUUGUUUGACGCUUGUAGGCAAAAUCUGUGCUGCAGCAUCAUCUAAUCCAAAUAUUCAGAUUUAGAAGGUGGGGAGGCCUGGUCAUGACAUGCAUAAAAACAUUUCUCCUUCCCCCUCCCUCCCCAAAAAAGAUUAUUUCAGUGCAUAUUUUGGCAUCUCAGAAAGGGAGUAAAAAACCGUUUCACGCUGCUUGGUUUCCUUGAUUUGCUUUUUGAGUUGUGCCUCCCCUUUUUCGUACUUUUCUUAUUACUGGUGUCUUCCUCAAACCGUCUUCCUCCAGCAUUCCUAUAUAUGCAAAUCUAUGUGUCACCGCUGUGCCGCGUUUCUGGUGUCCACCUUCACCUUCCCCCCCUGCUCUCCCGAGAUCUUCAGAAGGCCUCACCUUGGCUUACGUCGGCCACCGUGUCUCCAGAUCCCAGCUUACGCCGAGCGCUUCUGCUGCCUGUUCGCGUCAUGCCCUGAAGAAGCACAAGCUCACCUAUUUUCAAACAACACGCGAGCUAUUUCAAGACCGGCUACAUGCGCUCUUUUGAUUUUCUUGAUAAUUUGUUUUCCUGAGAUGAUAGAUUUCAUUCCAUUCCUCAUACGGGGUUUUGCAGCCCUUAAAUCCUUCUGCUUGUUGGUGCAAAAGCUGUCUGUGUACCUUCUGCUCUCUGCUGCGGCAGCCCUGGGGUUCUGUUUUGUCAGACACAUCUCUGCAGUCUCUCUUGUAUCUACCUCUUAAGUCCUCGUACCUUCUACCUGCUAAAUUAUUUAGCCUAGAAAUCAUGUUAACCGUUUGUGUGAUUAACAGAUCUACCUUUUGUGCAACGUUUCGGGAUAUCGCUUGAGUGAAAGUUUCUGUACAAAGCAAAACACGUUGCAAAUAAUAAGCUGGAAAAGGCAAAAUUUGCCCAAGAGGAUUCCCAGAGAAUGUUGGCAAACACGGGUUUGAUUUCACUUAUAAAAGCAGAUAUAGCCCAUGCUAAAAACCAGCAGUGUUCCACAGAGCAGGGGCUGAAGACAGUGGGUUUUAAUGGCUUGCUUAACUGAAGACGCAGUGAAGAACAGUGGGGUGACUGAAAAGCGCUUGUUUUAGUUUAUAAGUAUUGUCCGCAAAGUUACAACAGCUGGUUGCUCUUUAGCAGCUUCCCAGUUGCAAUUACAAAACAUUGCAAGCUCUUGAAGUGGAGUUUGUAUGAAAAUACCGAAUAAAGCUUUCAUUUGAACAAU